GAAGUCCCGCCUGCCGUGUAGUCGCCGCCGCCGCCGCUACCGCUGCCGCCGCCGCCGCCGCCGCCGCCGCCGUCGUCGUCGUUGUUGUGGUUGGUGCGCUGAGCUCCGCGGCUCCGAGAGCCGGCUGCAUCCUUUCCCCGCUGCCGCCGCCGCCAUGAAGUGGAUGUUCAAGGAGGACCACUCGCUGGAACACAGAUGCGUGGAAUCUGCGAAGAUCCGAGCGAAAUAUCCCGACCGGGUUCCGGUGAUUGUGGAAAAAGUCUCAGGCUCUCAGAUUGUUGACAUUGACAAACGGAAGUAUCUGGUUCCAUCUGACAUCACUGUGGCUCAGUUCAUGUGGAUCAUCAGGAAAAGGAUCCAGCUUCCUUCUGAAAAGGCAAUAUUCCUGUUUGUGGAUAAGACAGUCCCACAGUCCAGCCUAACUAUGGGACAGCUUUACGAGAAGGAAAAAGAUGAAGAUGGAUUCUUGUAUGUGGCCUACAGUGGAGAAAACACUUUUGGUUUCUGAGGGCCAGUGCUGGGCUAGGUGCACCAUUCCUGCUUGUGUAUCUUGUAAAUAGCUGGCCAUUUUCAGUUACUAUACCAGAACCUCUUAACAUAGACCUAUCAGUGCAUUUGUAACUGGAUUUAUUUCUUAAUAUAUUGGAAGGUAUUGUUUCCUUAGACUAGUAAAUUAUCAUACAGAGUUUUAUUUUGAGUUUUUCUUUUUGUGCACUGUCCUCAUGGCUAUACUCUCCAGGGAACUUGUUCCUCUGGGAAUCUUAUUUAACGAAGAUAUUUCCAUAUUGAAGAGAGGUAGGUGGGAAUUAAAAUGAAAGGGAGGGAGAUGAUGCAUUUAUUCUCGAUUAUGUUUGAGGUGUUAGAUGGCUAAGUAUUAAAAGCAUCCAAAUUAAAUCCUUAGCAAUCAGAACACUUGCUUCACUAGAUUUUGCCAACUGCCAAUCAUGUUGGACUGAGCUAAUCUGUUCCUCUUUCUGAAACUGUUAAGGUAAAUAAUUAACAAUAAAACUUCCUCUUAUAAAGGCA